CGACUGCCGACGCCAAUGGGUGACAAACGGGUGACUAGCUGCCGCUACAUCUGGAACUGAUUCACGGACGGCUGCGAGGUUGAUGUUACAGGUCCAUGGGCCGAUUUCGCAAGUGCUGCUGCUGCAUCUCACUUAGGAAUGCAACACUCUUCAUCGCCGUGCUGACCUCGGUGUGCAGCGUGGCCGACCUGACAGGGCGAGCCGUGGAGCUGCUGUCAUUGGACCCCACGUGCUCCACUGCUGUCUGGGAGAUUGCAGCCCUGAGAAGACUCGGCAUCGGGCUGGAUAGCACAGUCGACGAGGGCUGCCUGACUGGGGCCAGCACACACGGUGGAGGUAACGGCGGUGGCGGGCUUCGUGUUCGCGGUGAAAGCACCAGUGGCAUUGAAGUUGACAUCCGGGAAAAAGGUGGGGACGUCACCCAGGAUGGAAGUGGUGCUGUGGCCGGUGGCUACCGGGGGCGGGAUGUGCGGCCCUACCUGGUGGCAAGCAUGGUUGUCAGCUCCAUAUGGGCUGGCGCGGGCUUCUCUCUGUUUGCCGGUACUCUCAGGGAACGCUCCUCGUGGCUGACUCCGUGGCUGCUGGUGGACAGCGUCUUGAUCCUAUUGACCACCGUCUUUGGUUCUGUGGGCAUCGGUGGGCUCUGUUACUCCGGGCGGUACCAAGUGGCGGCCACUUUUGCCUUCGUCAUCAGCUUCACCUUCAUGGUGAGUGUGUACAUGAAGUUGGUGGUGUGGAGCUACUACUGUGAGCUGAGAGAGCGUCGGCAUGCCACACAGCUACCAGAGCGAGUCUGACGGUGUCCUUAUGGCCUCCAGCCUGUGCUCGCCUGGG